AUGGCCGCGCACCUGGAGCAGCAGCACCUUUGUCGCAGAUCGCUCCCCAGCGACGAUCCCCGGGCAGACGCCGCGACGCUGGGCUCCGGGGCGCCAAGAGGCGGGCACGGAGCUGGAGGCGACCAGAAGCUCGGGCUGACUCGCGGGGCCUGCGGGGAGUUCACUGCCACACCCAGUCCCUCUCCGGUGGGGCCGUGUUGUGUUUGCUCUCAGAAUUCAAACAAAACUUGUGAAGAGUGCCUGAAAAAUGUCUCGUGUCUUUGGUGCAACACCAAUAAGGCAUGUCUGGACUACCCAGUCAGAAAAAUCUUGCCACCUAGUUCUCUUUGUAAGCUGAGUUCUGCACGUUGGGGUGUUUGCUGGGUGAACUUUGAGGCCUUGAUCAUUGCAAUGUCAGUGGUGGGAGGCAGCAUCAUCCUUGGGGUUUCGAUUUGCUGUUGCUGCUGCUGCUGCAAGAGAAAGAAGAGCCGUAAGCCAGACAAGAGUGAGGAGAGGGCCAUGCGGGAGCGUGAGGAACGCAGGAUCCGGCAGGAAGAAAGGAGGGCAGAGAUGAAGUCAAGACAUGAUGAGAUCAGGAAAAAAUAUGGUUUGUUUAAAGAAGAGAACCCAUAUGCCAGGUUUGAAAACAACUGA